UCACACCUCAUUCAAAAUAGGUUCACAGAGGUUUAUGUUCUGCACUUGUUAUUGAAUGUUUCGGAAACGCAAACGCUAAAAGAAUCAUAUGCUUUUACCACCACCAUCUCUUUAUCUAUGUAUCUAGCAGAGACAAGUCUUGUACUUGUACUUGUCUCUGGUAUCUAGCUACCGCCAUCAAACGCCGACCGGCGGAUAAAUUAUAAACUACAGUUUAACUAGUCAAAUUUGACACUUAUUUUGAUUAGAUGUCAUUGUGACUUAUUUUGUUUAGUUCUGCUCAACUUUUGCAAGCUUUAAACAGAUAGAAAUACAUUGGAAAGUGUGGAAGUAUUUGUUUUACGAUAUAAACCUAAAACAAAGUUAACAAUGUUGAGUAUGGCGAGUAAUGUUUACGUUUCGCAGCGGCCGAUAGUUGAACUCGCGUAUUACAUAUAGCUGACAUUAUAUAAUACUAGCAUUAGUAGUGGCAUACUAGUAUUAGCUGUGUUAAACUAGUGUUACUAGGCCUAUUAUGUUAUUAUUAUGCCUGUUACUAUACCUAUAUGAGAGUUACUAUAUCAACUCUAAUAUGAUUAUAACAGUUCUCUGUGAUCUAUCACUCGUUACCCACGAUACGAGGAAUAUCCAUAUUCCAAUACACAUUUCUUGUAUCAUGCAUAUCACUAAUAUAUCUGCGAUCGGACUAAAACAGUAAACGGGUGGAUUUGUGCAAUUUUCUGGCUGGAGCCACAUUGGGAUGAGCACCUUCGAAGGAAUAGUGGAAGAAAUACCUGGCAUCAGUAUCGACAGGUUCGAUGGAAUUAAUACUGAAUCCGCCGUGCUAUUUCUAUCGCAUUGUCAUACCGAUCACAUGAAAGGCCUGGACAAUGAAAGAGUUCAAUCAAGCAUCAUUGAAGACAACAAGUAUCUAUAUUUAACUUCCAUAUCUGCAACCAUUAUAAAAAACAGAUAUCCAAUACUUGCAAAUAAUCUAAAAGAAUUGACAAUAGAACAUGCCAAUUCGGUUCCUGUAGGUGAUGAGUACAUUUCGGUCACUUGCGUGCCUGCAGGACACUGUCCAGGAUCAGUCAUGUUCCUGUUUGAGACGAAAAAUGCCUGCAUUUUAUAUACAGGCGACUACAGAAUGGCAGCAAGCGAUUUCAAGAAGUUUAAAUGCUUUUACGAUGACUUUGGACUUGUAAAACGCAUUGACAAAGUCUAUUUGGAUACAACUUUUUUCUUGGAAUCGUACCAAACUUUUCCGAAAAGACAGGACAGUCUCGCUGCACUCUGCAAGAUUAUUUCAGAUUGGACAGCAGCAGAUCCAGAAAACUAUGUAAGUCUGGAUCUACCCGCCCAGUACGGAUACGAAUACGUUUUCAAGGAAAUCUACUCGAGAUGUCUGAUGCCUGUUCACGUUAGUUCAGACAAGUUUGAAUUUUACUCGAAAAUUCCAGAGUUGGAUAAAUGUGUUACCACAAACCCAUCUGUGACCAAAGUUCAUAACUGGACUUAUGACGGACCUUCAGGCAAAAUACGUAGAAUUAAACUAUCAGCACUGCGCUGGACGAGUGACAACUUAAAGAAGGGAGUCAUUGAAGUAGAUCAAAAUUAUAAGUUCUAUGUUUGUUAUUCAACACACGCUUCAUACCAGGAAGGUGCAGCUCUGAUCGAGUUUUUAAAGCCAAAAAACAUACAUAUUUGCGUAGAACAGUCUGAUCCUGCAGACAAUUUGGAAAUGAUGAUACUUAUCGAUAAACACAUUAGAAAGAUUCAAGUGAAAGAAGGCAAAUCACAAUUUUUUUAAGCGAAGCCUUAAACCAGAAUAAUCUGCUGAUAAUAAGCACCAGAAUCUGUCGCAUUUGCCAUCAAAGUAGCAGUUACUUCAUGGAAAAAUACGUUUAAUUUCUCUUUGUGCAGUACAGGCGGUUCGGGCCUAAAUCUCUCUGGAUCAAUCGAAGAAAAAUAGUAUAAGUCAAUUUCUGUACGGCGUCCUGCAGAAUUACGAGCCCUCACAGAAAGACUUGAGAAAUAGUUAUGAAAACUUUUCAAAAUAAUUAAUUUAAAGGACUACUUUUUUGUAUGACUAACAGCAAACAAGCAUUAAUACAUACAGUAAAGCCAGUAUUUUUUGUGUCAUGAAGGCACAAGAGAGAGUUUCUAGAUAGGUGCAACCCUUAACUAAAAAUGUACUCGUGAUGGAUAAACCUAGAACAGGGCACAAAUCAAACACUUUUGAGAAGGAACUAUUUUUAUUCUAUUUAUAAAAUAGGUGGUUAGUUCGUCAUGAUGGCGAAUGCGCUUUUUCUACCGCUCUUCUUUCACGAGCUUUAUUAAUGAAUCAUUUCUGCGUUUUUCAGAAGUUUGCAAGGCGUAAAUAUUCUUAAAAGUUUGUGAUACAAAAAAGGAAUUUCAAUAAAGGCUUGUACCUUCGUAGAACGAGGACGUAGAGCUCUACUCCCACUAAUUCUGGGACACCAUGUAUAUUUGCCUAUUUGAAUUCACUGGUCAAUUUUGAUCAGAUUCGAUAUCGGCAAAAAAACGACUUAACUCUUGCGUCAAAUUUAUAUUUGUUGAGAAGUUUAAUAUACAGCUAGAAAACAUUGGAAUCGGAUUGUGGUAUUUUACGUUUUAGCAGUUUUAAACUUCUUGAAAUUAAUAUUUCAAACAUUAUUUAUAUUGCUAUGACUUCAGUACACAUAUUGCUUAAAUUGAACUUUGUCAAUCCUUUUUUGCUAAUCACUUUCAAAUUUAGACAACAAGAACAAGAACUACGUUGAAACUUUUAAUUGAUUUAAAACUUUGGCUGCAUUCAACUUCUAAUAAUACUUUACGGUAUUAUUUAACCGUUCAGCGUCCAAUUUUGCUAGCCCUUCGAUUACAACACAUUCUGUUUAAAAGGCAAUAGUUUUGAAACUGUUCUAUAUAAAAAACUGAAGCAAUCAUUGCCUAUUGGUUUAAAAAAAUUAUGCACUCUUUCGGAAAAUUUACUCCUUUAAUCACCUCGUUCAAUACCAGGAUGAAAAAUGCACAAUUGUAAACUACAUAUAUAUUUUUUAAGAUAUGCUUCAUAAACAUAAAUAAUACUAGAGGUAACUAACAUUUAAGCAGCUUAACAAAAUUGACUUGCGUUAAAAAAAUUAAACAGCCACAGUAAGAUUGUUAUCCGCCUAGAUAAAGCCAUUUUGUUCCACUAUGUAAAUUUCAAUGCCCCCAAUGCACAUUUUUGUCUGAAGCUGAAUGCCUUGCUUAAUAUUUAUGUACAUCUAAAAAGGCCUCUCGGUGACUAACAUCAAUAUAGUGCUUAUUUUCUGAAAAUAUUUCAUUCAACACAGUGGAUUUGUGCAAUGUAAAUAGGAAAAUAUUUAUAUUAUAUGCUUGACUAGUAUACACUUAAGAUAAAUCUGUAUUUUCAACUAGAAAAUAAAUUAAUGUUGGAGAACAAUGGA